GCAGAGAGCACGGCCUUUGCUUCGUCAGCGAGUCUUCUACUUUGGCUUUAUCUGUUUCUUUCCUUCUCUGCGAAGGACAUCGUCGAGCGGCGAUCGGAGAAUCGAAGGAGAAAUCGAAGGGCUGUAUAGAGGAUGAAGGUUUUCGUGAAGACGUUGAAGGGAACCCACUUCGAGAUCGAAGUUAAACCUGAAGAUACGGUGACCGACGUUAAGAAAAAUAUAGAGACAGUGCAGGGAUCGGAUGUUUACCCUGCUGAACAGCUGAUGGUUAUUCAUCAGGGGAAAGUUCUUAAAGAUACUACAACGCUCGAGGAAAACAAAGUUGCUGAAAACAGCUUUAUUGUUGUUAUGCUAAACAAGAAUAAGGUCUCGUCAACUGGAGCCUCAACUGCAGCAGCUGCAUCUACGACUCAGGCUCCACCAAGUUCUGCUCCUCCCACAGCGACACAACCAUCAGUUCCAGCUCCUGCUCCUGCUCCUGCUCCAGCUCCUGCUCCUGCUCCUGCUCCUGCUCCUGCUCCUGCUGUCACAUCGACACAGACAGCCCCUGAACCUGCUCCUGCUGCUGUUCCCCCAGUUUCUUCAGAUGCAGAUGUCUAUGGCCAAGCAGCUUCAAACCUUGUCGCAGGAAGUAAUUUAGAGUCUACCGUUCAACAGAUUAUUGAUAUGGGUGGAGGAAGUUGGGAUCGGGACACUGUUAUUCGUGCUCUACGUGCUGCAUUUAACAAUCCCGAAAGAGCUGUUGAAUAUCUAUAUUCUGGCAUACCUGAGCAAGCUGAAGCUCAACCAGUAGCUCGAGCUCCUGCCAGUGCACCGGCAGCGAGUCCUCUGGCCCAGGCUCAACAACCAGCAGCAGCACCUACGAGUGGUGCACCUGCUAGUGUUGGACUUGCUAGUGGUCCCAAUGCAAACCCCCUAGAUUUAUUCCCGCAGGGACUUCCAAAUAUGGGUACAAAUGCAAGUGCGGGCACCUUGGAUUUCCUUCGCAACAGUCAACAGUUUCAAGCAUUGCGAGCUAUGGUGCAAGCAAACCCGCAAAUCUUGCAGCCUACACUUCAGGAGCUUGGCAGGCAGAAUCCACAUCUGAUGCGGCUUAUUCAAGAGCAUCAGGCAGAUUUCUUACGACUGAUAAAUGAACCUGUUGGGGAAGGCAAUAUAUUGGGUCAGUUGGAGUCAGCAAUGCCACAGGCAGUGACUGUCACCCCUGAGGAGCGAGAGGCAAUUGAACGACUUGAAGCUAUGGGUUUUGAGCGUGCAUUAGUGUUGGAGGUGUUCUUUGCUUGCAACAAGAAUGAAGAGCUGGCAGCCAACUAUCUAUUAGAUCACAUGCACGAGUUUGAGGAAUGAUCAAAGCGUCUUAUCUGGUUUUUCUUGGCUUUUCCUCCUCUAGUUUCCUUCUCGUCUCUCGACUUUCUCCUCAACUUGGGUGAAUUUUUAGUUAUAUGAUCACUCCCCCCUGUUAUCCCAGCAAUCUGUCUUGUGGAGUUUGGAGCAGAUUGUCAAGAAGCUCGUGUCAUUAGAUUUCUCCUCUUUAUGCUUUAAUCUAUCUGUCUAGAUGUUGAUCACUAUAUAUACGUGAAUCCUUUAUUGGAAUAUUAUAUUCAUGGCUUCUUUUCCCUCUA